AUGGAGAAGGGGCCCUUCUCGGUGGAGUGGCUGGCUCAGAGCAGCCGCGGCGGAGCUCGGGAGCUGCCCGACUCGCCCCGGGAGCGGGAGGCCGCGGAGCGCCCCGGGCACGGAGCGGUGCAGGCGGGCGCGGCGCCCGGGCGGCCCCGCACCAAGUUCUCGGCCGCGCAGCUGCAGGAGCUGGAGCGCAGCUUCCGCGAGCAGCGCUACAUCGGCGCCGGCGAGAAGCGGCGCUUGGCCGCCGUGCUGAACCUCUCCCAGAGCCAGAUAAAAACCUGGUUUCAGAAUCGUCGUAUGAAGUUCAAACGCCAGACUCAAGAUGCCAGGAUCGAAGCUCUUUUCUCUGGCUUGCUUUUGCCCUGUCACUGUUACCCAGACAUGGCUACAUCCAGCUAUCCUCAUGGGAUGGACGUCAAUGUCUCUGCUACCUCUGCUGUUUCCCUUCACCCAGCUGUGCCAAACCCUGCCUUGUUGUUACCUUCUGUUCCAGCUCAGUCUCUUCAGCCAGUUUUGCCAAGUCCAGCUUUACUAUUGCCUCCCGGACCAGGAUUAUCUUGUUACUCUUCUGUGCUUCCAGCAGUGACUCUAACCACAGAACAUAAGACUGAUGUUCCAACCAGAUCUUCCUUCCUGUUAAAAAUGUAAAAGAUUAUAUGUAAUCUCAAAAAAGUGCCAAAUAUCUCUAAGAGUAAUUAUUUAUUUUGUUAUAUUAAAUAAAGAUUCUUUGAAUUA